AUGCGAUGUUCCAAGUGCUGGGGUUUUAACCAUAAAGCGACUGUUUGUAAGGAAAGUGAUCAUAUUUUCUUUUUGGACUAUAAGUUAAUUGAUUCAGUGGGAUUAUUUUCUGAACUUAAUUCAACUGAAUGGAAUGAAUGUUGGUCUGGUAUUUCAGCUGAUCAAAAAUUAGAUGCAUUCAAUAAGAAAUUGCUUAGCCUUCGUCAUCGCUAUGUACCUUUUCGUUCGAUAACCGUCAAUAAUGUCUCUUGCCCAUGGUUUAAUCCUAGAAUAAAACAUUUUAUAAAUUUAAGAAAUAGAAAAUAUGCAGUUUGGAAAAAGUACCCUACUGAAUUUAACUGGAUGAAGUUUAGAAUUGCUAAAAAUGUAGCUGCUAGAACUGUUCAUAAGGCUAAGUCAGAUUACUACGAAUCUAAGCUUGGUUGUACUAAAUCUACUAAAACCCUUUGGAAUAAUAUCAAAAUGCUAUGUAAUGUGGAGCCAAAUGCUCUAAAUAACUUCUUUGUUUGUUCUGUAGGUGAUAAUGGUAGCUCUUCUUCAGUGUUCCUAGAUAUAGAUUUUGUUGACGCUAAUGAAGGCUUUAGCUUUUACUGUGUCAGUGAAGAUAUUGUUUUUAAGAAUAUAAUGAGUAUUAAGUCCAAUGCUGUUGGGUUAGAUGAAAUCACUCUUAAAUUCAUAAAGCUCAUUUUACCAUUCAUAAUAUCUCCAUUAACUCAUAUUAUAAACUUUUGUAUUAUUACCUCUAUUUUUCCAGUGGUAUGGAAACAAGCUAAAGUUAUACCAAUUGAGAAAAAAGCCAAUGCUUCAUCAGUUUCUGACUACCAUCCUAUCAGUAUUCUUCCAUCUCUUUCCAAAGUGCGUGAGACUAUAAUGUCUGAACAGAUUCGUAAUCAUUUAAACAUUUUCCAUCUGCUAUCUCCCUAUCGAUCUGGUUUCAGAAAAGGUCAUAGUUGUGUGUCUGCUAUGUUGAAAGUUCUAGAAGAUAUUAAACUACAUGGAUAUGCUGAUGAUAUACAAAUGUAUCAUUCGUGUCGGAGUGUUAAUUUAAAUGACCUUGUCACAAAGAUUAAUAAUUAA